GCUGCGGAGCGCGCCGACCCCUCCCCUCGCUCGUCUUCAUCCUCGCGCGAAAGACGCCACCCCAGCCCCCUCGCUCGAGCGCCACCCCCAGCCGUCUUCGACUCGGCGUUUCUCCUCCCUUCGCCCCCACGAACUGAUUCCCCCUUUAGCUCCCCGUUUCAUCUCCUUAAUCUUCUCCAAUUCGUAACUGAGGCGAAAACCAAGGUAGGGCGGCCGCCCUACCUUGCCCUACUGGGUCCUCCACCUGUGUCGCCAUGAACUCCCCGAGAUCAGCAGCAAGAAGCGUGCGCCAGCAGCAGGCACCGUCUGAUGUCGUCAGCACGUCAGGGCUGGUGCCCGUGCAGGCGGCAAGAACUGGAAUCCACAAGAAAGACAGCUCGAAGCAGCAGCCUGUAGUCCACACGCGAUCUGAGUUUGCCGCAACGAUGCAAAGUGCAUUGGUGAAGAUCCAAGAGGCCGCCGCGGCCGGCAGCAAAGGGGAGGCAGCGUUCGCCGAGAUGGAGCAGGCGAUGACCGGCCUCAUGGCCGUCUCCUACAAGGAAGCGGAGCCCGCGAAGCUCCCUCGCGUGUUCGCUACCAGAUGGGCUCAGGAUGAUGCCAAUCCAUUGAUGGAAAAUGUCAUGGAUGAUCCUGUUACAUUGGCUUCUGGAUAUUCUGUUGAUCAAACGUACUAUCAGUGGUUCGUUUCACAGAAAAAUACCUGCCCAGUUAGUGGUCACUCCUUGCCUCACUCAAUCAGUGUUCCAAACCACCUCCUCCGUGACAUGAUUGCUGCGUGGUGCCUUGAUCACUCAAAGCUUGCCCCCUCUACCACUGCUGAUAUACUCUCAGUCCCGUGGAUACCACCUUCAGAAGAACAAAUUCAAGUCAUCCUAGAAAAGCUCUCAGGGUCUUCCGGACCGCCGAAAGAGACCUUGCACUUGAUCCAACUAAUGUCAAAAACCUCCAAGGGAGUGCAACCUUGCCUUGAGAAGUGGCCUGACCUGGCCGCGGUGCUGCUAGAUCUUAAGAAGAAAUGGAAACUGUUAUGGACACCUGACCUUGAGGAGGAGAGGAUCACAAUAAUCCUUAAUUUGUCCAUGCACAGGCCCAACAGGGAGAUCCUAGCUGAACAGCGUAAACUACCAGGUGUUCUAUUGAAAGUCAUCGAGAAGGCAGAUAGCCUUGGAAGUUCAGCAUCAUUGUUGGCGAUGGUAGCUUCUAUAAUUUUUCUACUGUCAGAGUUUGGUAUGUUCAGGAAAAAGAUGCUGGAUAUAAGGGGAAUGAAAAUGCUCAGGGAUCUACUCAAGAUUGAGGAUGUUGUUGUAAGGAAGGAAAGUGGGACUGCAAUCCUUGCACUCUGUACAGAUGAGGAAGGCAAGACAUUAGCUGAAGAUUACAACGUGGCUGAUACACUGCUGGAAUGCUUCAUGGUCACUGAUGAGUUCCUGCUUCUGCUUGAGCGUCUGCCAAAAUCUCCACAUGCACUAGAUAAGAUCUGUGACCGGGCUGUGGAAUGGGUGAAUAUCAUCAUGGGGGAACAUGCAAGUGGAAUGGUAACCUCUCGGGGCAUUCACUCUGCCAUUUCCUUGAUUUCAAUCAUUGCUGAGAGGGACGUGGGUAAGCUCAAAGUGAAGAACCUGGAGGAUUUCAAGGAGCGGUUGCGAGAGCUGACAUCAAAGAGAAUGCCGAUGCAGACAAUGUUCCUGGUGGAUCGAAUAAUGAAGACUCUAUCAGAGAUGUUUCCAGCUCAUAGCCAGCUACAAAACUAGUAAUCCAGUGGAGUCUGUCUCCAGCCACAUGAAUAGACGAAUCUUAUACCGGCUUCUGUAUUUGUUCUUCAUGUAUACUUUCCAUACAGCUUUAUUUCUUUUUGCAGAAGUUUUAGUUGUUGACUGUGGUGACAAUUUGAUGAAUCAUAUGAACAGUUCAAGGCAUUGAAAUUGCAUAGAGAAAUUUCUUUUACUGUCUUGUUUGAAAUAUACCGAUUCUGUGAAUCCUGUA